CUGACGCUCUAUUACCCAGAGUGCAACAGGUGAGAGUACAAUCGGGUCAGGAAGACGACAUGUGGCGACAAGUCCUAGAGAAUGGCAGGUCGGCCUUCAAUGAGCACUGGCCCUACAGCGCUCUGGUUCCGGUUGGGGUCGGUGGUGCCGCACUUUGUUGGGUAUUAUGUGGAGGCAAAAGGAAGACUAUAGAAAUGGGGGAUGGAUGGUGGGGACCCGGAACGAAACCUGAUGAGAAGGAAGACACCCGAAUCAGUCCAUUCCGGGUGGAGGUCUCCGAAGAUGUUAUAAAGGACCUUUAUGAUCGUCUAGACCGCACUCGGUACAUCUCCUCCCUGGAGGACUCCGAGUUUCAUUAUGGGGUGAAUACUGUAACAUUGAAGAAGGUGAUCUCCUAUUGGAGGAACACGUUUGACUGGAGCAAGCAGGUGGAAAUUAUCAACAGAUACCCCCACUACACCACCAACAUUUCAUUUUCUUUCUCUUUUAGGUCAGUAAAAGGACUCCACCUGAAUGUAGUGUUCUUGGGUAAAGGUGGGUUCAAAGUGCUCAUAUCGUUGAUUCUUGGGCGCUAUCUGCCAUGGUUAGUGGGAUUGACGAGACAAGAUGUCAAGCUUAUCUAUCCAUACUUUGAGAAGAAUGUGUAUGCUGUGCUUCGGGAGUCUGGAUACCUCCACAUUCAGGCAACCAAGCCGGAUACUGUAGGCUCUGCUCUGAAUGACUCGCCUGCUGGGCUGGCUGCCUAUAUCCUGGAAAAGUUCUCCACCUGGACCAAUCCGGACUAUCGAGCCCUGGAGGAUGGAGGACUGGACAGGAAAUACUCGUUGGAUGACCUUCUCACCAAUGUGAUGAUAUAUUGGGUGUCAGGCUCCAUCACGUCUUCCAUGAGGUUUUACAAAGAAAACUUCACCCGUGAAUUCCAGUUUGGUCCAUUUGCAAGGACCCCUGUGUAUGUUCCCACCGGCAUUGCUGCGUUCCCACAUGAGCUGAUGCACAACCCCAAGAUCUGGGUCAAAGAGAGACACAAAAACAUUGUCAACUACAACUACAUGCCCCGCGGAGGGCACUUUGCUGCCUUCGAGGAGCCCGAACUGCUGGCCCGCGACAUCCAGAACUUGAACUGCCAGGCUCAGAGCAAGGACCACAUCACUGUAGCCAAUGCCUCAGUUAAUUUAUUCAUUCUCUUGAACCAUCAUCCUUGGACAUGGACCCCUGUGUAUGUUCCCACCGGCAUUGCUGCGUUCCCACAUGAGCUGAUGCACAACCCCAAGAUCUGGGUCAAAGAGAGACACAAAAACAUUGUCAACUACAACUACAUGCCCCGCGGAGGGCACUUUGCUGCCUUCGAGGAGCCCGAACUGCUGGCCCGCGACAUCCAGAACUUUGUGUCUAAGGUGGAAAAAAAUGCUAAAUAAAGUACAGGACCCGUCACGCUACAUGUGCUGCCCAACACACUAC